CACUUUCACUCCCUUCUUGCUGACCACACCUAUCCCUCAAUUUUCCUCCUGUCCUUUAUCCACGAACUCGGUCAUUCUCUCGGUGGGAUCUUAUUAUUCUCUUGUCGUCCUUCUCUAUUUAAGUCAACUCCGCCGGAGCUCCCUAAUUUCCGUCAUGGCCCGCGGCCAGGAAGCUGUCUCUUUUGACCAGAUUAUCAACGCUGACCGACAGAAGAAGAAGAACGAAGAACUUGCAAACCGAAUCCUCGGCAAGAAUCGAAGGGCGAGCGCACCUGGCUCGGGCUCUGGCAACAAAGCGCAGAAUGCGACAUCAGGGAGCCUAGCGAGUCGAAUCGGCGUGGCUAAGCGCUCGGCACCUGCACCCAACGUCAAGCCCAAGAACGCGAAACGAGUCCCGUCGGCGCCCGCUCGAGGAGGUGCAUCGAAUCAAAAACGGCGCCCCCAUGAAGAUCGCCUGAUUUCAGCUCUCAACCCGGCCAGCGGACAAGCCUCAAUUCGGGAGGGACCCGUUGGGAUUUCGAUCAAGGGAGCUUCGGGGCCAUUCGUUGUCAUCGGAAGCAACUUUGCGCCCGGUACCACCGCCGCGGAUAUCCAGUCUACAAUCGAGCCUAUGUCGGGGCAGAUCCUGAAAUGCUGGGUGACAUCGCAUGAGCCUACCGUGACCGCGGAGAUCACGUUCGCCGAAAAAUGGGCGGCGGAUAACGCAAUUGCGAACCUUCACAACCAGAGGGCGGAUGGCCUGAUUCUUUCCAUGCGAAUGAAGCCAACGGGUGGUUCCAAGGCGAAGCGCGACCUCUUCAGCCGGUCGACUGGCUCGGGAUCCCACUACUCCGAACCCUCCUUUAACGAUCUUCGAGAGCAAGCAGACCGUGAGCGCCGCUUGCAUCGCGGAGCCGAGCCUACAGUUCAGAACGGAAAUUAUGGGUUCGGUGAGCAGAAUGGGGACCUCUUCGCUCGAGAAGAUACUCGGGGCGCCGGUCGCAAUAAUAGACGAAACCUCAGAGGCCGAAACCAAGGAAGAGGCGGCAGGAACACGAACCAAGACGCCAACGAUCAGGGUCUCUACAGUGAUCAAAUGAUGGUCCUCCGGCGAUACCCUAACCGGACGCUGGUUUUUGGAUCGCGACGAUGCUCAUCGACAUUUGAUACUAGAGAAUGGUCUACGCCACUGGCUCGAACUCUAGCCAAUGCCAUCAAAGUAACCGGACCAAUUCCCAUUGCGGCGUUCAUGCGUCAAGUCCUCACCUCCCCCGAAGGCGGCUAUUACACCACUCGACCCGAAGGCGACGGAGAAGUUUUCGGAAAGAAAGGUGACUUUGUCACAUCGCCAGAGAUAUCCCAGGUUUUUGGAGAGCUGGUUGGCGUAUGGACGAUAGCAGAAUGGAUUGCGCAGGGCCGGACGCGCAGUGGGGUUCAAUUGAUGGAAGUCGGUCCGGGCAAGGGGACGUUGAUGGAUGAUAUGCUUCGUGCACUCAGGAAUUUCAAGACGUUCACGUCGAGCAUUGAAGCAAUUUAUCUGGUGGAAGCUAGUCCUACGCUUCGAGAGGUCCAGAAACAGCGCCUUUGCGGUGAUGCAGCCAUGGUGGAAACCGACAUUGGCCACAAAAGCACCAGCAAAUAUUUCGACGUUCCGGUGAUCUGGGUGGAAGACAUCAGGCUAUUGCCUCACGAUGAGAAUAAAACGCCGUUCAUCUUUGCGCAUGAAUUCUUCGAUGCCCUUCCAAUGCACGCCUUCGAAUCCGUUCCCCCUUCUCCGGAAAAUACACCCCAGGAGAAGGAAAUCAUGACGCCUACUGGCCCCAUCAAGCUGAACGAACCGCAGAAGCCCGCCAACACCCCUCAGUGGCGAGAGCUGAUGGUCACAUUGAACCCCAAAGCGGUGGACGAAAACCAGGCAGGCGAGCCGGAGUUCUCUCUGACGUUAGCGAAAGCCUCAACGCCGUCGUCCCUUGUUAUUCCAGAGAUUUCCCAGCGGUACCGGGCGCUCAAGUCCCAGCCCGGGUCCACCAUUGAAAUCAGCCCGGAAAGUCGCAUCUAUGCAUCGGACUUUGCACGAAGAAUCGGUGGCUCGUCGCAACCUCCUCGGACCGCUGCUCGCGAGGGCUCCUCCGCUCCUCCAGCAGCGGCGAAGCGGGUCCCCUCCGGCGCGGCUUUGAUUAUGGACUACGGAACCAUGUCCUCGAUUCCCAUCAACUCCCUGCGCGGCAUUCAGAAACACCAGAAUGUGCCUCCGCUUUCGUCGCCCGGACAGGUCGAUGUGAGUGUCGACGUCGAUUUUACUUCGCUGGCGGAGGCCGCUAUCGAAGCCAGCGAGGGUGUGGAAGUCCACGGUCCCAUGGAGCAGGGCGACUUCCUGCAGAGCAUGGGUAUCGCUGAGCGUAUGCAGCAAUUGCUCAAGGGUAUCAAGGAUGAGGACAAGCGCAAAACGCUGGAAAGCAGCUGGAAGAGACUGGUCGAAAAGAGUGAUGGCGGCAUGGGCAAGAUCUACAAGGUCAUGUCCAUUAUUCCGGAGAACAGUGGAAAGCGUCGCCCCGUCGGAUUUGGCGGAGGAAUCUAG